AUCCUCACACAAUCCAAAACAAAACCAUACUUAGCCCUUAAUUUGUUAUAACACCCUUAAUUUGUUUCAUAUAUCAAUCCAUUAUGGCCGCUUCUGCUUUCUUUCUCACCUUCUUUGCUCUUACUUGUUCUAUUGCAUUGGCUUCCGAUCCUAGCCCACUUCAAGAUUUCUGUGUUGCUGAUAAAAACAGUCCUGUGAAAGUGAAUGGCUUUGUUUGUAAGGAUCCCAAUGUUGUGGAAGCAAAAGACUUCUUCAUGAGUGGGCUAAAUGUGGCAGGUGACACGAACAACCCAGUUGGUUCUGUAGUAACUCCUGCCAAUGUUGUGCAAAUCCCAGGGCUGAACACCCUUGGUAUUUCUAUGGUUCGUAUUGACUAUGCCCCAUGGGGAAUCAACGCACCCCACACCCACCCUCGUGCCACUGAAAUCUUGACCGUCCUCGAAGGCACUCUCUUGGUUGGCUUUGUCACCUCGAACACAGAAAAUCGUCUCAUAACCAAGACACUGAACAAGGGCGAUGUGUUCGUGUUUCCUGUUGGACUUGUUCACUUUCAACAGAACAUUGGUUAUGGCCCUGCAGUUGCCAUUGCAGCUUUAAGCAGCCAAAAUCCAGGAGUUAUUACCAUCGCUAAUGCUGUUUUUGGAUCAAAGCCAGACAUCCCAACCAAUAUCCUUGCAAAGGCUUUCCAAACUGAUUCGGCUAUAAUAGCCAACAUUCAGUCCAAGUUUUAGAUACUAUACACUUUUUUUUUUCCAUCAGCUGCUUCAUUAUUGUGUGCUCGCUCUUUAAUUACUUUUGUUGCUCAAUUCAAUGUUGUAUUCACAUUUGACAUUUAUGUCCAUCCAAUAAAAUUAUUCUCCUUUUGUUAAAUUGAAUGAA